AAACAGCUGGGAACUCCUAGACACACUUAACUUUCUUAGGUAUCCCUUCCAGUCUCCUCUCAACCACUCCUUUCCUAUUUCAUUUCCACUCCCCACCUUUAGUAGCUGCGGUCUCUUUAAGUGCGCACUUUCGGUGUAAUGAUAGGCGAUUGGGCCAAUAAAGCGUUUCGUCCUGGAGUUAACUGGUUUGUCCCUUUCGGGCUGCCGUCCUACAGAUCCGCCAUAUUGUCUACUGAAAGCUGCCGCUGAAGCUGCCGCCGUUGCCUCCGCCGCCAAGAGUGAGCGAGCGGAGCCGCGAUGGAGACCAUGGCGAGCCCAGGGAAAGACAAUUAUCGAAUGAAGAGCUAUAAGAACAAUGCUCUAAACCCUGAAGAAAUGAGACGAAGAAGAGAGGAAGAGGGCAUUCAGCUCCGGAAGCAGAAGCGGGAGCAACAACUUUUUAAACGGAGAAAUGUGGAGCUGAUUAAUGAAGAAGCUGCCAUGUUCGAUAGUCUUCUCAUGGACUCUUAUGUGAGCUCUACCACUGGGGAGAGUGUGAUCACAAGAGAGAUGGUGGAGAUGCUCUUUUCUGAUGAUUCUGACCUGCAGUUAGCAACCACACAGAAAUUCCGGAAACUGCUCUCCAAAGAGCCUAGUCCUCCAAUAGAUGAAGUUAUCAACACUCCAAGAGUGGUGGAUCGGUUCGUGGAGUUUCUGAAGAGGAAUGAGAAUUGUACAUUACAGUUUGAAGCUGCCUGGGCUCUAACGAAUAUUGCCUCUGGAACCUCUCAGCAGACCAAAAUUGUCAUUGAAGCAGGGGCUGUCCCCAUUUUUAUAGAGCUGCUUAAUUCAGACUUUGAGGAUGUUCAGGAACAGGCAGUCUGGGCACUGGGAAACAUAGCUGGAGAUAGCUCUGUUUGCCGAGAUUACGUCUUGAACUGUUCCAUCCUUAAUCCUUUGUUAACACUCCUUACCAAGUCCACACGACUGACGAUGACACGGAAUGCGGUCUGGGCCCUGUCAAAUCUCUGCCGAGGGAAGAACCCACCCCCAGAGUUUGCAAAGGUCUCUCCUUGUUUGCCUGUACUGUCUCGCCUACUCUUCAGCAGCGACUCGGACUUGCUGGCAGAUGCUUGCUGGGCCCUUUCUUAUCUGUCCGAUGGCCCCAAUGAGAAGAUCCAGGCAGUCAUAGACUCCGGAGUCUGCCGGAGAUUGGUAGAGCUGCUGAUGCACAAUGAUUACAAAGUGGCUUCUCCUGCCCUGAGAGCCGUGGGUAACAUCGUCACUGGGGAUGACAUCCAGACCCAGGUCAUUCUUAACUGUUCAGCCCUACCUUGCCUUCUCCACUUGUUGAGCAGUCCCAAGGAAUCAAUUCGGAAGGAAGCUUGCUGGACUAUUUCAAAUAUUACUGCUGGCAACAGGGCUCAAAUACAGGCUGUUAUAGAUGCAAAUAUCUUCCCUGUGUUGAUUGAAAUCCUUCAGAAAGCAGAGUUUCGUACAAGGAAAGAGGCAGCCUGGGCCAUCACCAAUGCCACAUCAGGAGGAACCCCUGAGCAGAUCAGGUACCUGGUCUCACUGGGCUGCAUCAAACCCCUGUGUGACUUGCUGACUGUAAUGGAUUCGAAGAUUGUGCAAGUGGCCCUCAAUGGACUGGAGAACAUCCUGCGGCUUGGAGAGCAAGAGGGCAAGCGCAGUGGCUCAGGGGUCAAUCCUUAUUGUGGCCUCAUAGAGGAAGCCUAUGGCUUGGAUAAAAUUGAGUUUCUCCAGAGCCACGAGAACCAGGAGAUCUACCAGAAGGCCUUCGACCUCAUUGAGCACUACUUUGGUGUAGAAGACGAUGAUAGCAGCCUGGCUCCCCAAGUCGAUGAAACGCAACAGCAGUUCAUCUUCCAGCAGCCUGAGGCCCCCAUGGAGGGCUUCCAGCUAUAAUAUCUGCCUCCGGGGAGGGGAGGGGAUGGGAAGCACCACCAGCCAGCGGAAGAGCAGCCCUCUGGUGGGCGGGAAACCAGUGUCCCCACCAUCAGCCACCACACACCUCUGCUGCCCUGGAGACUGUGCUCUUGACCUGCUCCGCCCCCUUCCCUGGAGGGAGCACCCUCUGGACAGACAGAACCAUCUGAGGCUCACCUUUGGGUUUUGUGACAAGAAGGGGACGUGUUGGGUUUUUCUUCCUUACACUAUAUUUUGGCUGCACACAUGUCUUUAACCCAGGAGCCCAGGGGUAGACAAAGGAGGACUAAGGUAAUCAAUUUGCACCUUUUUUUAUUUUUAUUUUUUUUCUUUUUUUCUUCAGUGGUGACUUCCUUCCCUUUAUCUUUUUUCAUUCUUCCCGGUCCUCUGCCCUGAUAUGUGUAACUCUUAUCUUGGGUACUUGAGCAGACGGUAUAUUCCAGAGGUGGGAGGUGGGAGGGGAAGGGAGAAAUCCAAAACAAAGUGUUCUUGCUCUGACAGAAUAUUAAUCUUGUAUGCUUGGAUUGAGUUAUUUAAUUUUUUUUUCUUUUGCACAUUUUUCUUGUAUUAAGAUUGCUCUUCCCAAGAGCCACAAGUUCCUGGUUUUAGUAAACCCAGCUGCCUGCAUUGCCUGGGACUAGAGGCUGGGGAGGCUACCAUGAAACAAAGGUCCCUCCCUCCCUCUGACUCUUUGCCCAGACCUCUUUAGUUUGGGAGAUCCUCCUCACUCUCCUGAAGUGUCUCAAGUAUACCAGUGGGAGUGCAGGGGAGGAGCACAGGCCUUCAGAUGGGGCUUCCCACGUGUAGCUACUGAUCCCAUAUUUCCUACUCACCUUCCAAAUGGUGCGACCCAACUUCAUUUGUUUACUUGAAAAUUCCCCCUCGAGGUUGAGAGAACCUCUGAGGUGGCUGUAUUUUCUCCUAAGCUUGAGAUAGGGGGCUGUGGUCCUUCCUUUCUCCUGAGGAGAAAGUCCUUGCUCUGGUGACCUGUAAGUUGCAGAGGAGGGUGGAGUGAGAGUGUCAUGUAUUGGGAUAGUCAGGGAUCCCUGCCUUUGGCCUUUCUUCUUCUUCUUCUUCCUCUUCCAUAGUUGGAUCAUGUAUAUUUUACUUCUAAAGGAGAGAAUGUCAAAAAGUUCUGUAUUUUUUUAUAUUCUAUAUAUUAGGUAGGUCAAUCUUAAUUGGUCUCAAGAGGAAGAACUGUCUGUCAUUUCGGUAAGUAGGAUACUGUGAGGAAGACCAAAAAGAGAUAUGGAUGCUUCCUCGCUCAGGAGGCCUGAGCUUGGUCCUUUUCCUCUCUGCUUGGAUUCUGGACCACCACCUGGGACCAACCUUCAGCUCUGGAACCUUCAUAAAGCAGGUCAGCGUGGCCUGAUUGUCCCAGGACCUGAAGGGAGCAAGGAUGGCCUCAGGGCCUGGUGAAUUCUGCUACUCUGUCCUUACUGCUGAACAUCCUGCUUGUAUCAGGAAACUCAGAAGCAGUUUGCCUUGUCAAAUUCAAUCUCAAUGGCCAUUGUCCACAUAACUGAUCACCCAUGGCUGCCUCUCCUAUUAUCUAUUAUCACUGAAACUUAGUAGCCUGCUUUUUUUUUUUUUUUAGAGCUAUUGCUUAUCUUCCCUGUUUGGGAUCCUUGUACCUGGUUUGGGUUUUCCCUUCCUUGUGACAAUUAUAAUCCAGAUGCCUCUUCUUUCUGUUUGAAUUACGAUAGUGCAUUGCCUUAGUGGCUUGCCUGUGCCUCUGGGUGGAUUACAUAUGAUAGUAAAGCCCACCUGUUUGGAUGGGAGUAGAGGAAGUUGGUGUAGACCAGCUGUGGAGCUGAAGGCACAGUCUGCCCCACCCCCACCUCCCCACUGUGGUUAGUCAGAGGCAUCCUGCUCCAAGCUCUGCUUUUCCUUCCUCUGAAACAAUGCCAUUCUUGCUUCUAUUGCUACACAUCUCCUUCUAGCUCAGGUGAAAUCCAUGCCCUUCUGCUUAUAGACCUAAAGUUCAGGUACUUAUUAUUGGCCAUUGGUCUUGAAUUUGCCCUCUCCUAGUGCUGCAGUCCCACUUCAAAGCCAUUUUCUGAGGAGGAUGGUUUAGGUCUGGCAAUUGUCCUUGAAAAAUCCCACCCAUGUUGUACCACCUUGGUGAGUCAGAUGCCACUCAUCAGCUUGGGAAUGAUGGCUGCCAACUCCCAAUCUCCCAGGAAGGCAGGGGGCAGAAUCUUUUUUUCACUUGGCCUGCUACCUCCAUUAAAAAACCAUUCUCUUACAGUUAAAAAAAAAAAAAAAAAAAAAGCCUUCCCCUACCCAACCUCCGCCCAUUGUUCUCUUCCAAAGGGCAAUUUAGUAGGAUCUACUUUGUACAUCUCAAGUAAGAGUUAAGUCCCUGAUAUAGGGACCAGUUUCUUAGUGUAAGACAUACACAUCCUGCUUGUCCAGCUGUUCCUCCAAAAUCUACUUUGGCUUCAGCUCCGGGUCCUGUACCAGAUGGAAAAUGUUUUUGGUGAUCUGGCUGCUGCUUAAAGCCAGUUUUCCCUAAGAACUCCAAAGGCUGAAGUCUACUAGGGGCAGAGUGUGAGGAUAGAUUUCUAAUCAGAGAAAAGUGGCCUCCAGGAGCUUUCAUUUAGGUCUUCUCCAGACCAGGUUUUCCUGUUAUCUUCCUUUAAUCCCCUUUCAACCAACAGGUGAAGUUCUUCCAGCCCACAGAGGUAGUAAUAUCAUCUUUUCUAUCUCCUCCUCUCCUUUGGCCAUGUAAUGAAGCAAAAUAUUAUUUAUUUAGCCCAGGCUUGAGAGCCACUGUUUGUGGACAGUCUUCAUCUAGAUUCCAUACCCUGGCCUAAGCGAGGUAAGGCUCUCUGGUUAUUGCCAGGAUGGAGCCCCCCUACCCCAGUCUGCUGUAGGGAAUACCCUAAUUAGUUGAGGCAUGCUUUUGGAAUCCUGGCAUGUUGGCAUAUGGCUGGUCUAUCCUUUUUAAGAUCUCUGGUUGGGGGUAUCUGGAUAUGGAUUAGGAGGGACAAGGAGCCUUUUUCUUGGCUAAUGUUUUCCAAUACUUUUUUGAAUGGUGCCAGCUCCUCCAGGCAUCCCACCCCCAAAUCAUCAUCUUUAGUACUAACAGGGUGUCUGGUCUUAGAAGCCUCCCUUCAGAUCCCAGCUGAUCCCGGUGACUGCCUGGCCUUGAUGUUGGCUGCAGCCUUCUGAUAGAACCACAUGGAUUCCACCCACAGCUGGCCAGGCUUGUUACAUGGGUCAGGGAAUACAAAUGGCCCCCCCCAGGGAGCAGGUGUUGGCCUCAGUUUUCAGGGACCCUUGGUGUUGCUCCUUACCUAGAGCCCAUUAAUCUACCCCAUCAACUCUCUGCCAUGAAAGCCAUCUUCCAGGAGCCCUGUUUUUUGGAGCUGAACUGCACAGAUUAUAGCUGCUAUUGUACUUAAAUAAGGGAGAGGAAAAGAAGGUUCUCAGGCACAGACUUUCUAUUUUUCUCAAGCCAAACCAGUUUAAAAUGUCUAGCAGAAUGAACUGUAUUUCCAUUUCUUCAUGUCUACCUGCCUUCCCCCCACACCCUAAAGUUGUACUUGUUUCUAGCAAACUAGAAGGAAAAGAUAGGAAAGCCUGGCACUACUAACCUCACCUCUCAUACACCUCUUUGAAGGCCCCAGCUCUUUUGUUCAGGCCUCUCUUCUCCCCUAGACUCACUCAGCUUGGUAUCCAUCAUCUUGAGCAUUCUUCAGUAGAUUCAUCUAGGGUUCAGAUUCCAGACUCUCAGCUGAAGACAGGGAGCCAAUUUCCCCCAGGUCCCUGCAGGUAAUCCAGGGACCCCAUAGGGAGAACAGGCUGACUGGGGCAUUAGGAAUGUUUGUACCUCUCUGCCUCCCUGGCAGCCUGGGGAAGGGUGCAGGGCUCAGUGCGCUAAACCAUGGUAAACAUCUUUGAUAGAACUACCCUAGAAUUUAGUGAGUGUGAGACCGAGAUAUUGCUCAGAAUAAAUUUAUUCCAUAGUCAUUUAGGAUUGCAUGUUCUGGACCAACCUUGUCCAGUAUGUUUUCUGUUUGAGCUUUUUCAUUCUUUUGUUAAGCCAACAAGUUGAGAAUUUGGCCCUGCUGGGAUCCAUGUAGUGGGCACUAGCUGCUCUUUGGCCAGGGCCUUCAUAAAUGAUUCAGUCUCUCAUUAUCUGUCCUCUAGCCCCACACCCUGAUUUAGACCGUGGCAAAGGAAGAACUUGAGGUCAAGGCCAACCAAAUCUGUGAAUUAAAGCUGUUAUUUUUUUCUCUGCAAGGGCGCUUUGCUUCAGGUCUGGGCUAUGUGCAGAACCUAAGCAGGCUGUGAGAGUUAGAAGAGGCAGCAUUACAUGUUAGGCCCAGAACACCAUGGGAAAAGGUUUAUGUAGCGUAUCUUAGUGGCCUGCCUAGCUGCCUCUGGGCCAGGCUGACUUCUGAUGUCCACAUUAGCUCAUACCUGAACCCUGUUGCUGAAUGCCAGCCCUGUUCUCCUGUAACUAUUAUAUACGCCAUGGCCUGGGGGGCAUUGAAGGAAGUAAGCUCUCAGAGAUCCUAACACUGGCUGGGAACCUCUGACUCAGAGCAUGUCUUUAAAGAGUCCACAUCUGGCCAGGCGCGGUGGCACAUGCCUGUAAUCCCAGCACUUUGGGAGGCCGAGGCGGGCGGAUCACGAGGUCAGGAGUUUGAGACCAGCCUGGCAACAUAGUGAAACCCCAUCUCUAAUAAAAAUACAAAAAAUUAGCUGGGCGUGGUGGCAGGCGCCUGUAAUCCCAGCCACUUGGGAGGCUGAGACAGGAGAAUCACUUGAACCCAGGAGGCGGAGGUUGCAGUGAGCCAAGAUCAUGCCACUGCACUCCAGCUUGGGUGACAGUGCGAGACUCCAUCUCAAAAAAAAAAAAAAAAAAAAAAAAUCCACAUCUUCAGCUGGGCGCGGUGGCUCAUGCCUGUAAUCCUAGCACUUUGGGAGGCUGAGGCGGGCAGAUCACUUGAGGUUAGGAGUUCAAAACCAGCCUGACCAACAUAGUAAAACCCCGUCCCUACAAAAAUAAAAAAAUAAAAAAAACAAGCCAGGUGUGGUGGUGGGCACCUGUGAUCUCAGCUACGUGGGAGGCUGAGGCAGGAGAAUCUCUUGAACCUAGGAGGCAGAGGUUGCAGUGAGCCAAGAUUGUGCCAGCCUGGGCGACAGGAUGAGACUCUUGUCUCAAAAAAAAAAAAGUCCACAUCUUCAUGAACCCUCAGACUCUGGAGUUGGGUGUCGGCUUUUUAAGCCAGCUUUUGUGGGAAUUGCCUUUGACCUAUUAAAGAAGGAAAGUGGGUAAUGGAGUCCCAGCCACUCAAGAGACUGGAUAUCCCCCGAGAAUGGCUUGGGUUACCAGCUAUGGACCCUUGGAAGAUGAAUCUAAUCCUUCUCACUGGUUUUUCUUUGCAAAUUCAUUUGCUUUUAUUUUUCUAAUAACAAUAAACUCUAUUUUCCAUGUUCUCAGGGCCCCUGGGUAGACAGACACAGCUUGAUUUCAGAGCAGACAUAGGCCAAGAAAACAUGGCAUUGAGUGUGCUGAGUCCAGACAAAUGUUAUUUAUAUACACAUCCAAAUUUGAAGAGAAAAUGUAUUUCUUUAGGUUUCAAACACUGUAAUAGAUAUAAAGCAAAAAUAAAAACCUGUUGCAAAGUUCUAAA